ACCACGGCUGAGUAGAUGAGCUGUCUUCCUCUCACGUCCUCUGACUCGCUUCCCUUCAGCACUUUUCUUCUGCAGCUCAGCGACAUGGGCGCCCUGAUUCUGCUUCUAUAUCUGCUCCUCAGUUUCAGCCGCAUGUCCGGGUUCCUCAUUGUGCUGACCCCUGGCAGGCUGUGUCUGACCGCCAAAGGCCAGCGCGUGGUCCUGGGCCAGUGCCGGGCCUCUGGGCCCUCCCUUCAGUGGGCGUGGGCUGGUGGAGGCAGGCUGCUCCAUGUCCAGUCCUCCAUGUGUCUCUGGGCUGAUCCCAGCCCUCAGGUGCCAUCUCAUGCCCGCCUUGUCACACUGAGUGCCUGUAGCAGGGCAUCGCGCUGGGGCUGCCUUGAUCCGGACGGAGUGCUAGGACUGGCUGACACACACAUGCGCCUGAGGAAGCUGGGCUCGCUUGUCACGGUGGCAGAAAAUCAACAGAGCAGCUCAUGGUGGACCAGGUAUGAGCUGGAUUCAGGUGGGAUCCAGAGGAUCAUAUCUAUGUGCCACGGCUCAGAUACAACAUCUUACUCGUUGAUCUUUCAAUCAUCCACUAAUGAGCCUUUGAGCCUCAGCAGUUUCGUCAGAGCAACUCUGUCACACACAAAACGAACCCAGAGAAGCACCAGGCGUCUCAACGAGACCAAAGAAACUUGGCCCUGGAGGUCGGUCAGCACCUCGGGGCUGUGGACUCUAGCUACAUCCACUAAUCCUGGGGUCCUAUUCAACUCUCAACAAGAGGUUCUGUCCGGUUCUGGAUCCACAUAUCCCACUAAUGGAAAAGGCCACACAUUAGUACCUUCACCUCCACACAACUCAACAUCAAGUCCACCUAACACAACUUCACCUCCACCCAACGCAACAUCAAUUCAACCCAACACAGCCUCAUCUCCACCCAAUACAGCUUCACCUCCACCCAACUCAACAUCAUCACCUCCACCCAACACAGCUUCAUCUCCACCCAGUACAGCUUCACCUCUACCCAACUCAACAUCAUCACCUCCACCCAAUACAGCUUCAUCGCUACUCAACUCAACAUCAUCAUUUCCACCCUAUACAGCUUCACAUUUACCCAACUCAACAUUACCACCUUCACCCAACGCAGCUUCAUCUCCAUCUGACACGGCUCCAUCUCCAUCCAAUACAGCUUCAUCUCCACUGAACUCAACAUCACCUUCUCCACUCUAUACAGCUUCACAUUUACCCAACUCAACAUUACCACCUUCACCCAACGCAGCUUCAUCUCCAUCUGACACGGCUCCAUCUCCAUCCAAUACAGCUUCAUCUCCACUGAACUCAACAUCACCUUCUCCACUCUAUACAGCUUCACAUUUACCCAACUCAACAUUACCACCUUCACCCAACGCAGCUUCAUCUCCAUCUGACACGGCUCCAUCUCCAUCCAAUACAGCUUCAUCUCCACUGAACUCAACAUCACCUUCUCCACUCUAUACAGCUUCACAUUUACCCAACUCAUCAUCAUCACCUCCACCCAACACAGCUCCAUCUCCAUCCAAUACAGCUUCAUCUCCACUGAACUCAACAUCACCUUCUCCACUCUAUACAGCUUCACAUCUACCCAACUCAACAUUACCACCUUCACCCAACGCAGCUUCAUCUCCAUCUGACACGGCUCCAUCUCCAUCCAAUACAGCUUCAUCUCCACUGAACUCAACAUCACCAUCUCCACCCUAUACAGCUUCAGAUCUACCAAACUCAACAUCAUCACUUCCCUCCAACACAGCUUCACCUCCACCCAAUACAACUUCAUCUCCACUCAACUCAACAUCACCAUCUACACCCAACACAGCUCCAUCUCCAUCCAAUACAGCUAUAUCUCCACUCAACUCAACAUCACCAUCUCCACCCAAUACAGCUUCACAUCUACCCAACUCAACAUCAUCACUUUCCCCCAACACAGCUUCACCUCCACCCAGCACAGCUUCAGCUCCACCCGAUAGAGCUUCAUCUCCACUCAACUCAACAUCACCAUCUCCACCCAAUACAGCUUCACAUCUACCCAACUCAACAUUAUCACCUCCACCCAACACAGCUUCAUCUCCAUCCAAUACAGCUUCAUCUCCACUCAAUUCAACAUCACCAUCUCCACCCAAUACAACUUCCCAUCUACACAAUUCAAGAUCCUUCUCUCCACCCAAAACAGCUUCAUCGCCACCCAAUACAGCUUUAUCUUCACCCAACUCAACAGCAACACCACCAGUACCUCCAAGAACAACUUCACUUCCCUCCACUACAGCAAUGUUUAUGAUGAAUGAUGAUGAAACCACCACCCACCACGUGGUUCCUGCAGACUUUACUAUUUAUCCAAAGACUUCAGCGACAUCCACAAGUCAAAUUAUUUCACCCACAACGGUCAGGGUUGGACUCUUUCCCCUUACUCCAACAGGAUUAUCAAACACACCCAAAUCCUCCACUAGUUUAGUAUUCACAACCAAACAAAAGACAACCCCUUUAGCUUCAGCAACUCCACCCAAUUUUUCUACCACCAUCAGGAGUCUGAUACCUCAAACUCCAACCACAACUGUGACAAGGACGACACAUAGCACAGCACCCAUCAGUCCAGUCUUCAACACACCUACUCCAACUCCUGCAGCACUAACCAUGACCAGAAGAAGUCUGACUGCUCCCCCAACAACAGCAAUGCUUCAAACCUCUGCUCCACCUGUUCAUACCGCCAGGGCCUCGCCAUGUUCAGUGAACCUGACAGAGAUCCAGUCUGGUCCGGACUUAGCCGUGGUGACCGUAACCAGUGACGGCGUGUGGUGUGAGUUCAGCCUGGUCAUUGAGGAUGUUUCUUGGAUGCGAUCAACUCACUGUCACUUAUCUAAAGAGACCAGGACCACCUUCAUCUGUCACAUCAAGGGUCUGGAACCCGGGACCCUGUACCGCUUAACAGUGGUUUCCAGGAAGAACGGACAGAGGAGCAGUGCCUUGCUUCGCACAGCCCCUUCCUCUGUCCGGAAUCUCCAGGCUAAGCCUUUGUCCUCACACUGCCUCAGUGUUUGCUGGCAGGCGGGUCCUGGCAAAAUUGAACAGUUUAGGAUUCUGCUGCUAAUGGAUCACGAAUGGGUAUCACUAAAAAACAUUACCGUAAACAACACUGUGAGAUCCACUCAGCUGAAUGGCCUGCGGCCUGGAACCCGCUACACCGUCACCGUGGUAACAGAAGCUGUGGGCCUGCAAACAUCCAGCUCCACCCACGCUGUCACAGUUCCAGCAGUUGUGUCCGAUCUAAGGAUGGACAGUGAGGGCAGCUCCACUCAUCUGCGGGCCUCCUGGGGCUCAGCUGAUGGAGGUGUGGACUUCUACCUUCUCACCUUGUCGGACUCACAGUCCGCUCCUCGGCAGCACCGCCUGCAGCCCAACGCAACCCAGGUGAUCUUUGAGGGUCUGAGCCCCGGUCGCAGCUACGAGCUGUCGGUGAAGACCAUAGCUGGAGGACAAAAUUCUGAGACUUGGGCAAGUGGCCGGACGGUGCCGGACCCGGUGUCGUCUCUGUCUGUGGUGCCUCUGGGCAGAACCCUGAGCGCCAGCUGGACGCCGCCCUCAGGGGACUGGGACAGGUACAGCAUUGUUCUGAGGAACGGUUCCAUUGUUCUGCUCAAUGAGACCAUCAGUAAAGUCAGAACAAAGUUUAUCUUGGACCUGGUUCUGGUUCCGGGUAGACUCUACAGAGCAGAAGUCACGGUUCACAGUGGGGGUCUGAGAAACUCAGUGUCCUGCCAGGGAUCGCUGCCUCCUGGCCCUGUGCAGCAGCUUGUUGUUCGUCACUUUAAUCAAACUGGUCUGAGUGUCCUGUGGAAUCAACCAGUUGGAGACUGGGACACGUUUACGGUGCUCCUCAGACAGGCAGACUCCACCACUGUGAUGACUCAAAGGUUCCUUCCCUGGGAGUCCAGAGAGUGUUCCUUCCAGAACCUCACCCCAGGACGCCAGUACUCAGUGUCUGUGUUGACCAUCAGUGGGAACCUGACCAGCUUUACUAAUGUGACAGCAUGGACAAGUCCAGCGCAGAUUGUCAGGCUGCAGUUUUCCAAUGAUGGAACCACCGACAGUCUGCGGGUGCACUGGGAACAAGCCUCUGGAGACCUGGACUUUUAUCAGGUCCUGCUGAUCCACGAAAGCAGUGUUAUCAAGAAUGAGAGCGUGGAGCCAAAAACAACCAGUGUCAGCUUUGGAUCUCUGAUUCCUGGAGCUCUGUACCGCACUGUGGUCACCACAGUCAGAGCUGGACAUCUCUCCAGACAGACCGUGGCCGAGGGCCGCACAGUCCCAGCUGCAGUGGGGGAGGUGCGGGUCAGUAACAAUGGCCGUCCGGACUUCCUCAGCGUGUCGUGGGGUCUGGCUCCAGGUGAGGUCGACAGUUACCUGGUGACACUGAGGGACCACAAGGACAUGGUUCACUUUGUUGCAGUUUCCAAAUCCAGCCCUGAGUGUGUUUUUAACUCUCUGGUGGCCGGACGCCUCUACAACAUCUCCAUCGCAUCCCGCAGUGGCAGCUACCAGAACCAUACCGUGGUCAGAGAGAGGACACAGCCGUCAAAAGUCCAGAACCCAACAGCAACACAUGGAGCCCGAGACAACUACCUGAAGGUUUACUGGCAUCACGCAGCUGGAGACUUUGACUUCUAUCUGGUCUUCAUCAAACACAACAACGUGCUCCUGCAGAACCAGACGAUCCCAAAGACUCAGAGCCAAUGCGUGUUUAGCAGCCUGGUGCCAGGCAGACUCUACACCGUGCUGGUGAACACACGCAGUGGGAGAUAUGAGAGCAGCACCUCCACCCACGGUCGGACCUUCCCAGCAGCCGUCCAGUCACUGGUCCUGGCUGAGCAGGGGACCGAGUACCUGAUGGUGAGGUGGUUGGCCGCCCCAGGAGAUGUGGACCAUUAUGAGGUUCAGCUGCUGUUCAAUGAUCUGAAAGUGUUCCCUCCCAUCACUCUGGGCAGCAGCAGGGGGGAGUGUGUCCUGCCGUCGCUCACUCCUGGGCGCCUUUAUAAAAUCCUGGUCUCUACCUUCAGUGGCCCAAAUCAAAAGGCCCAGUUUGUGGAGGGACGCACAGUUCCCAGCAAAGUGAAGAACAUCCACAUCAGUAACAGUGGAGACAGUAGCAGCCUGAAAGUAAGCUGGACCCCGGGUCAGGGCGAUGUGGACGGGUACUCUGUGUUCCUGUACCAUAACAGCCGCCAGCUGGACGUACGGUCGGUUUUCAAGCAGCAGAACGAGGUGACGUUCGCUUCACUGCAGCCGGGACAGCUGUACAAGGUGAUGGUUCAGUCGGUUAGUGGAGAGCUGCUCAACAACAACACAGCCUCAGGACGCACAGUCCCUUCUGAAGUGUCUGGGCUCCAGGUGGACAACCUCCACAGCACCUGCAGCCUCUGGGUGAGGUGGCAGGAAGCUCUGGGCAUCGCAGACCGCUAUGACCUGCAGGUUCUGGACAGCAGAGGCCGCUUGGUCACUAACUGCUCUGAGCCUUUUGGAAGAACAACACACACGUUUAACGGCCUCACUCCGGGAAAGAAGUACAAAGUCGUGGUCCAGACUACGAGCGGAGGGGUCCACAGCCCGGGGGUCAGCGCUGAGGCUCGAACUCGUCCUGCGGCCGUCACUGACCUGACCAUUACAACUAACAGGACCACCUCGCUGUCCUUCUCCUGGUCUCCACCUGAUGGAGACUUUGAGCUUUAUGAGGUUUUCUUGUAUAAAAGUGAUGACUCGCUGCAGGAGCGACGACGGGUCCAGUCCACAGGUCAACAGUGCUCGUUUGAGAACCUCAGACCUGGCGCUUCAUACAAGGUGGUGGUUCUGAGCCACAGCGGUGACCAGAGCAGCCAGUCCUUCCUCUGGGCCAGGACAGUCCCAGCAGCUGUGUUGUCUCUCAAGACUUGUGGUGGGAACCGGUCCGAAAAUUUGUGUGUGAACUGGGACCACGGUGGUGGGGAGCUGAGUGGAUACCUGCUGCAACUCUACAAUCCUAAUGGCUUACUGCAUGUCGAGGAGCAGCUGGGACCAGAAGUCACAGAGUUUAUCUUCUCUCACCUGGUACCAGGUCGACUAUACCGAAUCGAGGUUCUGAGUUUGAGUGGAGAAGUCCGUAACAGAGCUAGCACUCUGGGCAGGACUGCUCCCAGACCUCCCACCUCCCUCCUGUUUAGAGGUGUCACCAACUCCUCCCUUGAAAUCACAUGGAGUGGCCCUGUGGGUUCUGACUAUGAUGACUUUGACCUGCAAUGGACCCCCCAGGACCCGCUGUCUGUGAUCAACCCCUACCACAGCCGCACGUCUGGCAGCCGCAUCGUCACAGGCCUGUUCCCGGGACGGCUUUACACGUUCCACCUGUGCACUGUGAGCGGUGCCGGCAGACCUGGAGCUGUUCCCACCUACAGCAGUUCCGUUAUCAGCAGCAUCCGGACCAAGCCGGAGCGAGUCCACAGCCUCCACUGCCGCCCUCAGAGCUCCACAUCCAUCUCUUGCUCCUGGGUGCCUCCGGGCUCCGACUAUGAUUUCUACAACAUUGAAUGUCUUCUCCAGAGCUCCCAGAUCCUGGUCCACUCCAGACGCACUGGGAGAGACUCCAGCACCUACCUAAUUUUUCAGCUGGAGCCACACAAACGCUACACCAUAUCUGUGAAGGUGAUCUCGGGCAGCACCACGAGUGAGGCGGUUCAGGACAGUGUGAUCACCAUGAUUGAUCGUCCUCCAGUGCCGCCCCUUAGCACCAGGGUGAGUUAUAAAUCUGCUGUGGCCAACAAGUCCUCCAUUUCCUUCAGCUUUAACUGCACUUGGUUCAGUGAUGUCAACGGAGCUAUCAAGUUCUUCGCUGUGGUGGUGCUAGAGUCUGGAGGAUUGGAUGACGUGCAGCCUGAUCAAAAGCACCCUCUGCCUUCCUACCUGCACUAUAAAUUCAACAGCUCCAUUAAAUCCUACCAGACAAGUUACUUUCCCAGUAACUGCAGUUCCACUAACUUUGAGGUUAGGCUGGGAACCGGUAUGGAAUCGCUGGGGGGACCAUGUGACCAUGAGCCACGUGGCAGUGGAGAGUUAAAUCAUUUCUGUGAUGGUCCACUGAAACCAAAAACUGCCUACAGGCUCAGUGUUCGAGCUUUCACUCAGCUGUCUGAUGAAGACAAAAGUGACUUUAGUGCCUUGUCUCCUCUGUUCACGGACACGUACCUGUCGCUGCCUGUGGUCACUGAGGCAGAGCGUCUGAGUGGAGUCGUUGAAGGCGUCAGUGCAGGAAUGUUUCUCAUUGCCAUGUUGGCAGGUGUCACAGCUUUGCUCAUCUGCAGACACAGGACUUGGAAAGGUGAUGAGGAGCGCCAACCAGUCAGGAUGAGUAUGAGGAGAGAAAGACCUGGACCUGGUUUUCACUUGGGAGGGCAAGGCAACCAACACAUCUCGAGUCCCAUCAAGAUCACAAACUUUGAGUCUCACUAUAACAAACUGCAGGCCGACUCCAACUAUCUGCUGUCCUCAGAAUAUGAGGACCUAAAGGAGGUCGGACGGAAUCAGCCUCUGGACUUUGCUCUUCAGGCGGAGAACCGUGGGAAGAACAGAUAUAACAACAUUCUGCCCUACGACUCAACGAGGGUGAAGCUCUCUUACGUGGACGAUGACCCCUGCUCCGACUACAUCAACGCCAGCUACAUCUCUGGCACUAACCUCCGGCGGGAGUACAUUGCCACUCAGGGCCCUCUGCCAGGAACAAAGGAUGAUUUCUGGAAAAUGGUCUGGGAGCAAAACGUUCACAACAUUGUGAUGGUCACUCAGUGUGUGGAGAAAGGCCGGGUGAAGUGUGACCACUACUGGCCCUUUGAUCAGGACCCUCUGUACUACGGAGAUCUAAUCGUCCAGAUGUUGUCAGAGUCUGUGUUACCUGAGUGGACCAUACGAGAGUUCAACAUCUGCAGUGAGGAGCAGCUGAGCUGCACCCGCCUGGUUCGUCAGUUCCACUACACGGUCUGGCCCGAUCAUGGCGUCCCAGAGACGACUCAGUCCCUUAUUCAGUUUGUUCGAACGGUGCGGGACUAUGUCAACAGGACUCCUGGCUCUGGGCCUACUGUGGUCCACUGCAGCGCUGGAGUGGGACGCACAGGAACCUUCAUUGUUUUGGAUCGAGUGCUGCAGCAGCUGGACAGCAAGGACACGGUGGACAUCUACGGAUCCGUUUUUGAUCUGAGACUACAUCGAUCACACAUGGUGCAGACAGAGUGUCAGUACUCGUACUUGCAUCAGUGUGUUCGAGACGUUCUGAGAGCCCGGAAGCUUCGCUAUGAGCAGGAGAACCUCCUUUACCCCAUCUAUGAAAAUGUGAACUACAGUGUCCAGAAAGAGAUCCCGUGUACCAGGCAAUAGAGACUGUACUGAUGGAAACCUGACAAUUCUAUUUUUAUAUUUUAAUAACAGAUAUUCCUAAUAGAGAAAACUUUAUUAUUUAUGUAACAUACUAUACAUUAUUCCUAAUAAACUGACCCUGAGUUUA